CAAUCAGAGCGCGCGCUCGGCGGACCUGCUGCGCGUGAGUGUGUGUAUGUAGGCGCGCGUGUGUGUGUUGGUUCUUGCUGCUUUUGUCCGGAUUUAAGAAAAUAUUUACACGUUAGUUUUAACGGCGACUGGAAGCAGAUUGGUAUUUUUAUUCGUUGUUUUGUGAAUAGUUUUGUCGCUUUUGUUAACGGCUGUUAAUCGCAGUUCUUGUCGCGCUGUUUUUGGGAUGGAUCCGGUCUGAGUUCGCGUCCUGUCGCCGCCUUCAUGGACUUCUCCUUCAAUAAUGUCUGCGGGCUUCGUGUCUGAUCCUCUAGCCGCUGCCUCUCGACCGCCCGCUUUCCUGCCCUACUCUCCUGCGCCGGGCUCCGGAUUGCCCCCCGCCGGCUACCCCGUGUCCGGACCCCGUCAGCACGAGCCUACUUACCCCUGCGCGGUGGCCCAUUACGCGCGGCCCCUGAGCUUCUCUUACCCCGGGCAUGCCGGCGCUUCAGGACAGCCUGCCUAUAUGCACUAUCAGCAGGGCAACUACAACACAGUGCUGGGGCAACAGGGCAGAUCAGAGAACGCGGGCCGCGAGCAGACCGUGGGAGUUGAAGCAAGCCAGUUGCGUCUUGGUGCAAAAGGCAAGAAGCUCCGCAAGCCCCGCACCAUCUACUCCAGCGGGCAGCUGGCGGCGCUACAGCAGCGCUUCCAGCAGACCCAGUACCUGGCCCUUCCCGAGAGAGCGGACCUGGCCGCACAGCUCGGCCUCACGCAGACACAGGUUAAAAUCUGGUUCCAAAAUAAACGCUCCAAAUACAAGAAGAUAAUGAAGCAUGGUUCGAGCGGACCUGAGGGAGACCCGCACGGCCCGUGCUCGACCUCUCCGCCGUGCUCCGGGCUCGCGCCGUUGUGGGACUCUCAAGGCCGGUCCGCAGGAGCUUAUAUGAAUCCAUACGUAGGAUGGUACAAUAACCCCCAGCACCCAGAACCUUUAUAGUAAAAGACAGAUAAGAACUGGAGGCAACUCCCACUGCAGCACUGGGAGCACUUGGCCAUCCACAUGUAAAUAUAUGUCUGUGUGUGUCUGAACGGGCUGUGACUGUAAGGAUUUUUAUUGCUUGUUUGACUCUCAUCGGUGCUUUUCAUUUUUUUUUAUUCAGACUCAUUUGCUUACAAUAAAAGGACGGAUUGAAUGAU